CUGAGGCUCAUUCGUGUGGAUGGUUGUCUUUACCUUAUAUAUUUUAUUGCAAAAUACCUGAAUAAGAAGGCUCCAUUCAUUAAUAUAAAUAUUGUGGACGUUACAGAAUGGAACAGAAAAUCUUUUCGUUUCCGACACCUUGUAUUUUGGCUUGUAUUUGUGUUUUGAUUCGCGCUGUUCGUGGAGAUUUGAGCUACACAUUCCCGGAGGAAACGAAGCCGCAAUAUGUGAUCGGAAAUAUAGCAAAGGAUCUCGGACUUGAUGUGAAACGAUUAUCUGCUCGUAAAGCUCGAAUAGAGACGGAAGGCAGCGCUAAACGGUACUGCGACAUUAAUCUGAAUAGUGGGAAUCUAAUCGUGGCCGAAACAAUAGACCGAGAGGAGCUUUGUGGCUCGAAAAUUUCUUGCAUCCUUAAUUACGAGGUUGUGUUGGAAAAUCCUCUAGAUGUGCAUCGCAUUUCACUGCAGAUUCAGGAUAUAAACGACAACGCACCGAAAUUUCCCAAAAGUCGGAUAACGUUUGAUAUCCGGGAAUCGGCUGAUAAAGGAGAACGUUUUCCUUUAAACGAAGCUCACGACUCUGAUAUAGGCCAAAACACGGUUCAAGGAUAUUCGCUGGAAAGAAAUAAUCAUUUUGUUUUAUCGGUUAAAGAAAACGCGGAAGGAGGAAAAUACGCUGAACUGGUUUUGGAGAAAGAGCUGGAUCGUGAACAGACGAAGGAAAUAGAUUUAAUAUUUACUGCGACUGAUGGAGGCUCACCACAGAGGUCUGGUACUGCAGUUAUCCACAUCAAUGUGCUUGAUGCUAAUGACAAUACCCCGGUUUUUAGUCAGUCUGUGUAUAAGGUUACUCUCGCUGAAAACGCAGCGUUGGGUGCUGAAGUAGUUACAAUGAGCGCUACAGAUGCUGAUGAGGGCGUGAACGGGGAAGUCAGUUAUGAAUUUAGUCGAAUCUCUGGCAAAGCAGCAAAAUUAUUUUCUAUUAAUAAGUUUACUGGUAAAAUUACAGUAAACGGAAAUAUUGAUUAUGAAGAGGAAACGUCAUAUGAAAUGAGAGUCCAAGCUAAUGAUGGUCCUGGUCUAGCAUCUAAUGCCAAAAUAAUUAUAGACAUCAGUGAUGUAAAUGACAACGCUCCAAGAAUUAUUCUUAAAUCACUGAAUGAUCCAAUACCUGAAAAUAGUAUUGAAGGAACUGAAGUGGCCAUUAUUAAUGUUCAGGAUAAUGAUUCAGGAGAUAAUCGAAAAGUCCGAUGCUCCAUUCAAGAAAAUGUUCCUUUGAAAUUAAACCCAUCCAUUAAAAACUACUUUUCUUUGGUAACCACGAGCUUGUUAGACAGAGAGAAAGAACCAGAUUAUAAUAUAACAAUCACUGCUACUGAUGGAGGAUCUCCACCUUUAUCCACAUCUAUAACCAUUCAUUUAACUGUAUCUGAUGUGAACGACAAUCCUCCUGUAUUUGAACAGCAAUCCUACACUGCAUAUGUAAUGGAAAAUAACAAACCAGGAACUUCUAUUAGUUCUGUUACAGCAAGAGACCCAGACUGGAGGCAGAACGGUACAGUACUGUAUUCUCUGGUGUCCAGUGAGAUAAACUCUCUUCCAGUGACCUCAUUUUUAUCCAUUAACUCAGAUACAGGAGUGAUCCAGGCUGUGAGGUCAUUUGACUAUGAAAAGUUCAGAAACUUUAAAGUCGAGGUUGUAGCCAGAGACAACGGUUCUCCUCCACUCAGCAGCAACGUGACUGUGAGUGUGUUCAUAUCAGAUGAGAAUGAUAACUCUCCACAGAUAUUAUACCCUGCUCCAGAGGGAAAGUCUUUAAUGACUGAGAUGGUCCCUAAAGCUGCUCUCUCUGGCUCUCUGGUCUCCAAAGUGAUCGCUGUGGAUGCUGACUCUGGACAGAACGCGUGGCUGUCGUAUCAGAUAGUCAAAUCUACCGAUCCGGGACUUUUCACUAUCGGUCUCCAUAGUGGAGAGAUCAGGGCUCAGAGGGACAUCACUGAAUCUGACAGCAUGAAACAGAACCUUGUCAUCUCUGUGAAAGAUAACGGACAGCCGCCUCUCUCUGCUACCUGUUCUGUGUAUUUACUUAUUUCUGAUAAUCUUGCUGAAGUUCCUGAACUUAAAGACAUGACUUAUGAGGAGAACAAUUCCAAACUGACUUUUUAUCUGAUCAUCGCGCUAGUUUCCGUGUCCACCUUCUUCCUGACUUUCAUUAUUCUGAUCGUGGCUGUGAGGUUUUGCCACAGGAGAAAGCCCAGACUGUUGUUUGAUGGAGCGGUCGCCAUUCCCAGUGCGUAUCUCCCUCCCAACUAUGCAGAGGUGGAGGGAGCUGGAACUCUCCACAGUUCUUACAAUUAUGACACGUAUCUAACGACAGGAUCACGUACCAGUGACUUCAAGUUCAUCACGUCUUACAAUGACAGCACUCUUGCUGCUGGCGGAACUCUGAAGAAGAGCCCAGAUGUUGCAAAUACAAGCAAUCUUUUUGAUGUUGAAGAACUAGUUGAGUAUGUCGUGAUGAAGCCAUCUAACCAUAAAGAUAUGAAGUCUAGACCCAUUACCUGGGUUAUAUUCGUAUUGUUCUUAGCUCUCUUCUUCAACCAGAGCACCGUCGCUGGAGAUCUGAGCUACACAGUGCAGGAGGAAAUGAAACAUCGGUAUGUUAUUGGAAACGUAGCAAAGGAUCUCGAUCUGGAUGCGUUAAAAUUAUCAGCACGAAAAGCCCGAGUUGAAACAGAGGAUAGCAGCAAGCGGUAUGUGGAUGUUAAUUUAAAUACAGGAGAUUUGAUCGUCUCAGAGACAAUAGACCGGGAAAAGCUUUGUGGGUCGAGAUUAAACUGCAUCCUGAAUUAUGAACUCGUUUUAGAAAAUCCGCUAGAACUACAUCGUCUUUCUCUGAAUAUUCAGGAUAUUAAUGACAACGCGCCAAAAUUUAUUAAUGAACGUAUUAGCUUUGAAAUUCACGAGUCCGCUGUUAAAGGGCAGCGCUUCCGUUUGGAUGAAGCUCACGAUUCUGACAUCGGGGAAAACGGCGUAAAUGACUAUUCGCUCCAGAAGAACGACCAUUUUGUUUUGUCUGUGAAUGGAAACACCGAGAAGGGAAAAUACGCGGAGCUUGUUCUGGAUAAAGAGCUUGAUCGCGAACAACAGAAGGAUAUUGACUUGAUUCUUACCGCAGUGGAUGGCGGGAUUCCUCCGAGAUCAGGGACUGCUGUUAUACACAUCACUGUGCUAGAUGCUAAUGAUAAUGUUCCGGUGUUCAGUCAGCCUGUAUAUAAAGUGGUUUUAGCUGAAAACGCACCGAUAGGAACAGAAGUCGUUACAGUGAGCGCAGAAGAUGCAGAUGAAGGAGCAAACGGUGCAGUCACAUAUGAAUUCAGUCGGAUUGGUGAUAACGCAGCACAAUUAUUUACUAUUGAUAAACUCACUGGAAAAAUUAAAGUAGCUGGAGACAUCGACUAUGAAGAGGAAAAGUAUUAUGAAUUAAGAGUUCAAGCCAAAGAUGGAUCUGGUUUAGCAUCGACUGCAAGUGUUAUUAUAGAAAUUAAUGAUGUCAAUGAUAAUGCUCCUAAAAUUUCUGUUAAAUCUCUCAACAAUCCUGUAUCUGAAAAUAUUAUUGAAGGCACUGAGGUAGCCAUAAUUAAUGUUCAGGAUAAAGAUUCAGGAGAAAAUCGAGAGAUCCGUUGUUCAAUUCAGAAAAAUGUUCCUUUUGAAUUAAAAAAAUCUAUAAAGAAUUAUUUUACAUUGUUAACAACUAGCACCUUGGACAGAGAGAAAGAACCAGAUUAUAAUAUAACAAUCACUGCUACUGAUGGAGGAUCUCCACCUUUAUCCACAUCUAUAACCAUUCAUUUAACUGUAUCUGAUGUGAACGACAAUCCUCCUGUAUUUGAACAGCAAUCCUACACUGCAUAUGUAAUGGAAAAUAACAAACCAGGAACCUCUAUUAGUUCUGUUACUGCAAGAGACCCAGACUGGAGGCAGAACGGUACAGUACUGUAUUCUCUGGUGUCCAGUGAGAUAAACUCUCUUCCAGUGACCACAUUUUUAUCCAUUAACUCAGAUACAGGAGUGAUCCAGGCUGUGAGGUCUUUUGACUACGAAAAGUUCAGAAACUUUAAAGUCCAGGUUGUAGCCAGAGACAACGGUUCUCCUCCACUCAGCAGCAACGUGACUGUGAGUGUGUUCAUAUCAGAUGAGAAUGAUAACUCUCCACAGAUAUUAUACCCUGCUCCAGAGGGAAAGUCUUUAAUGACUGAGAUGGUCCCUAAAGCUGCUCUCUCUGGCUCUCUGGUCUCCAAAGUGAUCGCUGUGGAUGCUGACUCUGGACAAAACGCGUGGCUGUCGUAUCAGAUAGUCAAAUCUACCGAUCCGGGACUUUUCACUAUCGGUCUCCAUAGUGGAGAGAUCAGGGCUCAGAGGGACAUCACUGAAUCUGACAGCAUGAAACAGAACCUUGUCAUCUCGGUGAAAGAUAACGGACAGCCGCCUCUCUCUGCUACCUGUUCUGUGUAUUUACUUAUUUCUGAUAAUCUUGCUGAAGUUCCUGAACUUAAAGACAUGACUUAUGAGGAGAACAAUUCCAAACUGACUUUUUAUCUGAUCAUCGCGCUAGUUUCCGUGUCCACCUUCUUCCUGACUUUCAUUAUUCUGAUCCUGGCUGUGAGGUUUUGCCACAGGAGAAAGCCCAGACUGUUGUUUGAUGGAGCAGUCGCCAUUCCCAGCGCGUAUCUCCCUCCUAACUAUGCUGAGGUGGAGGGAGCUGGAACUCUCCGCAGUUCUUACAAUUAUGACACGUAUCUAACGACAGGAUCACGUACCAGUGACUUCAAGUUCAUCACGUCUUACAAUGACAGCACUCUUACUGCUUUUGAAACUCUAAAGAAGUGCCAAGAUGAGGUUUUAGAUGCGAGUCUGAUUAUACUCAACACAGAGAAUGCACCAGAGCCUUCUCCUGAUACUGAGAAGCAUUGA